GGCCGGCCAUGGGCAGCGUGCGCUGGGCCUUCCCGUGCGGCGCAUGGCGGCCCCGCCGCCGCGAGUGGCUGCUGGCCGCGCAGCUGGUGCAGCCCGAGGAGAAGGAGCGCAUCGGCAAGUUUGUGUUUGCCCGCGAUGCCAAAGCAGCCUUGGUACAUGGGGAGCCGGGGCGCGGUUGUCUCUCUGCACAGUCAGCGGUGCCCAAGUUCCUGAAUUGCCGUGGGAGAACGUGCCGUGCUGGUCGCCUGCUGAUGCGGAAAUUAAUGGCAGAGGAGCUGUGCAUACCUUGGAACGAAGUCCACUUGCAAAGGACACCAAAAGGAAAACCUUUCCUGGCCAGUAACUUAGUUGGUAUCAACUCAAAUUACAGCUUCAAUGUCUCUCAUCAAGGAGAUUAUGCAGUCCUUGCAGCUGAGCCUGAGCUUCAAGUUGGCAUUGAUAUUAUGAAGACUGAUUUACCAGGUAGUAGCUCAAUUCCGAAUUUCUUUCACUUAAUGAAGCGACAGUUUACUGAAACAGAGUGGGAUGUAAUCAAGUCCAUGAGUAAUGAAUGGAUGCAGCUGGAUAUGUUUUAUCGACACUGGGCCUUAAAAGAAAGCUUCUUAAAGGCCAUUGGAGUUGGAAUUGGCUUUAACUUGCAAAGAAUUGAAUUUAAUGUGUCUCCAUUGCAACUGGAAAUAGGAAAGGUGUAUAAGGAGACAAAGAUGUUUCUGGAUGGAGAAAAAGAAGAGGAGUGGACAUUUGAGGAAACCCGCUUGGAUGACAAUCAUCAUGUUGCAGUGGCACUUGGGAAACAGGAAGGAUUUGCACAGAAGGAUUCUGAUGUCCAUUCCAUGGAGCCCAACCAACCACAAUUUACAUUAUUGACUUUUGAAGACUUAGUUGCAUCUGGUAUUCCUGUCGCACCUGAGGAUUCUGCAUAUUGGGACAAUUUCUGUUCAAAGCAGGAGGGUCCAGUGAGACAGAGUUCACAUUCAAGACAGGACUGUGUAUAAGAAAAAGAAACUUGACAAAGUUCUUAUGCUGUUAUCCUGUUUAAUUUGAAGUCCGUGAAUAAGUGCACAUAUGUAAAUGAAAUGUAUCUUUCUCUAUUAAAGCUGACAACCUGAUUUUCAUGACACUUCAUUGGAAUUCUAAGGAAGACAUGUUUCCUUUCUGAAGGAAUUCUGAAUCAGAAGCCUAAACCAACAUGCCUUUUUGCAUCUCCUUGCCUGUGGUUCUUACACUUCAGUAAUUAUCCAGGCUAGGAACAGAAAGCAGCUGUACAAUAAUGUUGUUUAUAAUGAACAAGUGUUUAGUAUAUAAAAAUGUGUUUCCAUACUAAUUAAUGCUGAAACUUAAAUUAUGAUACUGCUUUUUCUCUUACAAAAAUUAUUCAUUUAUUCUCAGAUGGACGAAUAAAAAAAAUGCUACAAAUUCUUAUGCUGUACAACACUUGGUGUUUGUGUAGUGCCAGGCUGUAAAGGUCUGUAGCAGUCUUCAAGCUACAUAUGUGGAUGGGAAUUAACUUACAAAUAUUUCAUAGUCUUUUCACUUCUUAUCUUUGUUUAUUAAAGCUUUCUGUAUGCAACUUAGUAUUUGUCUUUUAACAGUUCUUUUUUGUAUUUUUUUUCCUUAGCGAUAGAUGCAAGCCAAGCAGCAAUUCAAUUUUCCUAGGCUUGCAUUUGCAUCAGUCAUGUAGGGAAGGAAGCUCAAAGAAAAAAAAAAGCUAUUUACUUUUUUCCAAAUAGUCUUGUAAUGUCUGAUGACAGAACAUUUUUACUGUCCUAACAUCAAAUGAAGAUUUCUGGAGAUCUGUAGAUCUUGGGUGCACAUCUAGAAUAUUUUGUCUCCUUUUUCAAAAUAAAUCCUGUUUUGUGCCAUUA